UUAAGAUUAGAACCCUGAAAGCCUAAAACCCGACUCCGGCGAGUACGACGAUAUUUGAGCUACGGCAAGAACGCAACCCAAUCGGCGAUGGUUUCCACAGCUACCUGGAUCCGUUACCUAGCGAACAAAGCCGAGUAUUCGUAUUAUCUCUGCUGGAAGAACUACAUUGCAGGACAUAUCACAGAGAAAGAAGCUGGUGAUGCCAUAUUUAAGCAUUUCUUUCAAGGAAAGUUAACAUUCUUGCACUUCAAUAAAGGAGAAGAAAUGGCACCAACAAUAGGAGCUCAGGGUGGAACCCUACUUGUGCGGAAGAUACCUAUGUCAAGUCCAAUGAAAGUUUUUGUAGGAGAUGUUGUAGUCCUUAAGAGCCCUGUUAAGUCUGAUAAUUUUCUGGUGCGGAGAUUGGCUGCCAUUGAAGGAUAUGAGAUGGCUUCCACUGAUGAAAAAGAUGAACCAUUUGUACUUGAAGAAGAUCAGUGCUGGGUAGUAGCUGACAAUGAAAACAUAAAGCCCAAGGAUGCAAAUGAUAGCCGGACAUUUGGCCCCGUUUGCACGGCUGAUAUAAUCGGUAGAGUUAUUUACUGUCUAAAAUCAGCUGUUGAUCAUGGCCCUGUUAACAACAGCAUUUUUAGCAUGCAGAAGGAUACACCUGUGCUUGAAGUCGAGCUGGAUGUGGAUGAGAUGGUAAAGAAUCACAAAGCAUAGACUGCCAAGAAAACGCGUAGAUCCUUUCAGUUCAAUCAUACCUUUCUCUGGUUUAUUCUGUGUGCCAGCAUGAUUUUUAUUUAUGCCGUGAGUAAUUAUCACAAGAAUAAGUCAUUUCCUGUGGGAUCGUAGCUAAUUUAUCAUUUUUCACCCAUCAAAAUACCCCUUUGUAGCUGUUAUUCUGUUAGUUUACCUUGCUUUCAGAUGGAAUCAUAGCAUGGAACUAACUGAAAAACGACUAAUGGUCAAGAGAUUAUGUUGUUGGUUAUAGACUAGUCUCCAAUUUAUUGCUUCCCCAUUGAGGGGUUUUUGGUGAA